AUGACUGUAUUCGCUUUCUAUUUCAACAUGAUUCCCCGACUUAUUGCUGGGUUGACUGCUCUCACCGUGCUGCCUGUGACGGCUAGCCCAGUUUUGUCGCGUCGAGGAACAGUUGCAUCCGACCAACUUGUUGGAUUUCCACAGACAGUUCCAGCUGGUGCUACUGGCGACCUCUAUUUAGCAUACCAGCCAGAUCUAUAUGUUGUCAAUGGCUGCGUGCCUUUCCCGGCCGUAGAUGCAGACGGGAACACCAAUGCCGGUCUCAAACCAACUGGAGAUCCCAGUGGUGAAUGCAAUCAAAGCACGGGACAAAUAUACGUCCGAGGCAGUUCUUCGGGUGACAAAUAUGCCCUGAUGUAUUCUUGGUAUUUCCCCAAGGAUUCACCCUCGACUGACCUUGGCCAUCGCCACGAUUGGGAAGGAGUUAUUAUCUGGCUUUCCGACGGGACAAGUACUACUGCCUCGAACAUCCUGGCCGUUUGUCCGUCCGCACAUGGUGGCUGGGACUGUAGCACAGAUGGCUAUACGCUUGAUGGCACUGCAUCUCUGAUCAAGUACCAGUCCGUUUGGCCUGUCAAUCAUGCUUGCGGCCUAACAACUACCGUGGGCGGCACACAGCCGUUGGUUGCCUGGGAGUCAAUGUCAACUGUCGUACAAAAUGCCUUGGAUACAACGGACUUUGGAUCAGGGAACGUUCCUUUCAACGAGGCCAAUUUUGCCAAUAACCUAGCAAAGGCAACAUUCUAA